AAACUGUCAUUUUAAUAUUUUUCAAUUUUAUGUACAUGGUUCGUUUAAAACUUUUUAAAUAAAUAAAUAAACGUGUUUGUUGUGAAAUGUCUGGUGAUAACAGCGAUUCGGACUUGGACGAGAGUAGUAAGGCCCCCCGUGCCAGGAGUCUCGCUUUAGAUUUAGGCGACGAUUGUCUGCACAAUGUUGACUCGAAUAGGUUAGGAUCUGAGCCCCCUUUAGCAUCUGCAAACCCCGAGGUCCCACAAGCGUCAUGUCCCUCAACCACAAACCCGUUUUCCUUUAAACACUUUUUAAGGGAAAACUCCAAUCCCAGUAGAAAUUAUCAGUCUCAAGGGGCACGUCCGAAAAUAUACAGAGAACACCGGCCUAGAAACGUAACACCCCCGGAAAGUCCCCGUAGACCCGCAGGCAGCUCAAGAAGAAUCGGGGAAUUUUCGUCGGCGUUACCGGAUUUUGUGCAGGAUCAUCUAGUCAUUGAACAAUGUUUUUUAGGUACAGAAGCGAAAACGAGUAUUAAUACUGACAUAGAUUUGCCGGACUUUGCACAGAACGAGAGGGUCGUUAAUGGUCCCAAUGUCUCGAGGGCAAACUCUUUAGAAGAUUCACUAACCGGACCAAUUCCCUUAGACCUUCCCGGACUGGGGAACCCCACAGUACCGUUCGAUCUGCCAUUGUCGUCGGUCAAUUUAUCCACUGACUGUAGGACCACCCCCCUCGUAGAGGUAGGAAACUCGAAAAGUCUCCCAGAUUUCCUCACCGACGGUCCGGUGAGAACCGCAGCGGAUGGGGCGACCCCUUCUCCACCUAAAGCGGCCCCGGAUCCUCCGGUUUGUCGUCGAUGUGCCGAACUUUCCGUCGAAUUGGCCGGCGCUAGACAGAGGAUCACCAGAGCCGAAGAUAUCGUAGAACAAAACUAUCAAAGGGCAAGUUCUGCCGAAAGAACCAUCACGAAGCUCAAACAGGAACUGAAGACUUUAAAGAUUCAAAUGAAACACGUGGAAGAGGAAAACAUGCUGUUGAAAAGUUGGGAGGGAGCAGCCGCCGCGAGGGGCGGUGGUGAGCCGCCCUUGGAGGCGCGGACUCACCGGUUGGCUCAAGAACUGAAGGCGGCCGCCAGCACUGCCGAACACUCUUUAAGGUCGUUGCUGACCGGAGUGGACAAUCUUCGCAUCAUCGCCUCCACGUUGGAAAACUUCAAUCGAAUAGAGGAAAAACCGAGAUUUUCUCAUUUCGAGGACGACAGUACCGGACCAGCGCUUUAAAUCGUUUUAGUUUGCCACUGUCAUAGUUCUAGUGAGAUUAGUUCGUAUUUCGAUUCGUUAUCGGUAGGUUUUUAUGGAAGAAAAAGUUCAUAUAAGAGGCAUCACAUUGUAUAUAUAGUUUUAUUGUUUUGUUUAAUGUUUAAUUGUAUGUUUAAUUCGAGGAACAAACACGUAAGGCGAGCUUAAGAAAUAAAAUAUGAUUGUAUAAGCUAUA